AUGUGCCGUCCCUGUCGCUCAUCACCUGAAGGGUUCGGUUCGUGGCCGACCUCUUGCGGUUCCAUAUCUACCAUGCCACCAUGCCUGCCAGCUAAACAAGUCUCCCCGACAACGCGAGACCUCUAUUCAGUAAAAGGCACGAGAGAAACCGAGACGGCCUAUAGCCACCGAUACGGGCAGGUCUCAGGGGUCCCGCAUACGUCAGGCGUUGCGUAUCAUGGCUCAGCUCCGCCGGGGGGUUCAGUCAUUUACUAUGCAAUCCGCCCCCGCGGCCGCCUACCACAGCUGCAGCAAGCCACCGCAAGCUGCUGUACGCUGCCCGUUUGGGCGACGGACAACGCGGGUCGAACAGAGAGGGAAACAGGGCCUAUCCGCCGCCGUGGAAGUAGAGAGAAGGACACAGACGAGACACCGGUCAAUGCCAGUCUCCAGACAGGCGACGGGACGGACUUCAGCGGCGGGUUACGCAGACAAGGACGAGACCGAUGA